AUGUCUCCGGAGCUCUUCCAAGAAUUGCUCAUCGCGGCCGUACUCCUGCCUUUUGCGCGGAUCGAUCUUCGCUCACCUGCCGCUCCCUGUCUGAUCGCUUCGGAUGCCUCCACUCAGGCUCGUGCUUCAGUGGUCUGCUCCCUGCCCGAACUUGCCUCCGAGGAGUUCCUCAGGCAUACUCUGCACAAAGGGGUCUGGUCCAGACUUUUGCGGCCCUUGCCUGCUUAUCUUCGGGCUCGCGGGCAGCUUCCUUGCGACCAAGAGUUACCCGACGAGCAAUACUCCUCGCACCCUAUCUGGGAUGAGGUGUGUGCCAGCUUCCAGUUUGGUGUCCUCACCGGCGCUAAGCGAAACCAAGGCUCCCGACACAUCAACGUCCUCGAACUCCAGGUCGCUCUCGAAGCUGAGAGCCGUGUCGGUCGGUCUCCAUUCGAGCUCCUUCUCGUGAGCGCCCGGAUUGGCUUGUUGAAGCCUGUGCAGGUCGGUUUGAACGCCUCGACCGUUUGCUUGAGAGCUUGUCUCUUGACCGGUUCAGCACCUCCGAGCUCCCCCACCUGUCCGAGCUUGCUCCUGAUGCAGUGGUUGAUUUGCGGUCUCGCGUCACUAGGCGAGCCGAUCGCGGCCGAGCUCGCCGUGCUCUGCCGAGAGCCCCUCGCGAGCCUCCUCCGUCAGCUUCGUUGGACUUUCAGCCGUGUGGUGCUUCUGCGCCGCUGGGUCUGUCGCCCUUGGACUUUGCUUCCGAGCCUCCUCCUUCUGGAGCCUCUGCAACAGUGGCCGAUUCCUCCCGCCCCAGCCUGGCACCUGGUGCUUGGGCUUCUCCCCAGCUUGGCGCUGACUCGCUUUGCAUCUCUGCAAUCUGCCUUGGCAUCCGGUCCUGGUGGAAUUGAGCUCUUGUCGGGAUCCCGAGAUCUUGGUCGGGCCCUUGUUCGCCUUGGCUUCCUUUGGGUCCUUUGCUUCGACGUUGCCCACUCCCCUGCUGAGGAUCUCCUGUGCAGGGAUGUUCAGGGUUCGGUAGAAGAGUUGAUCAGCCAUCGCUGCUCCCGUGUCCUAGCUGCCGGCGUACCCUCGCUCUCUCUGCAACUUGUUAGCCGCCACGUGCUCUUCGGACUGCGGUCCGCGUCGGCCCGCUCGGACGCGCCGGGGCGGCCAGAUGAUGUUCAGCUCGUCGAGCUGCCACUGCUGCGAUUCGGCUCCGAGAUCACCGAGCUGAUGUCCUGCCCUCAACUCUUUGUUGAGACCUUGCGACUGUACGCGCAGCCGGUGCUGAAAGCCACGUUGGCUUUAGCCAUUAUUCACGGUUGGUAUCGCUUCGCUGCUGUGCCUGCUCUCUGCUUUUACGGAAUAUGCCGGGUCGGCGAGACACUUUCAGCUUGCCGGGCCGAGUUUCUCACUCCUGACGAUCUGCUGUCCGACAGACGCUGCGUUUAUCUACAGAUCAAGAAACCCAAGACGCGCAAUCGUGGAGCUUCUGUUCAACAUGUGUCGGUGCUCGAGCCCAUCGCCAUCGCCCUCAUCGAGUUCGCGUUGGAGCCGCUACCGCGGUCAGCACAACUUUUUGCUGGAUCCCCUGGUUCUUACCGAAGGCGUUGGGACCGCGGAUUUGCAGUGGGCUAUGCGUUCGCGACACCUGGUUUCUACCUGUCCUCCUUUCGCCUCUCACUGCUCAGCGCGCUCUUCGUGCCUGACGGUACAGAUUCGGCUGCCGCUGCGUUCGUCACGACACUUUGCCACGGCUGGAGUGAGGAAAAGGGCCCGAAGACGCGACUGCUGACCAUCACAGAGGAUAGAAGCGGCGUGCCAAACACUCAACUCUCAGCCCCGCAGCGCAAGACCGUGAAGCCAACACCUUGGAGCGCCGCCGUCGUUUUCCGCACGUUUGCAGCAGGGGAGGGAUCAGGGUUGACCGUGAAGAAGCUGAGCGACAGUACCGACAACCUCCUCACGCGGGAUACAGCAACUUUGCAGGGCCAACUGCCCAAGAAGGUCCUGGAGGACUUGGAGCUGGCAAAGGUCUUCCACAAGGUCCAGGAGCUGGUGAGGCUCGUCGACGACCUGCAGUGUACAAACGACCUUUCGCUUCAGGUGCAGAGCUCGAAGCGGGAUGCGGUGAGGUUGGCGUACCGAGACUUUACGGAGGCCCUGGAGGCCCUCAGCGUCUCCGUCCUCGGACAAGGGGCACGACCACUGGCAACCACGAGGUCCUGGGUUCCCCUCCUCCGACGAUGGAGGUACUACGUUUGCAGCCUUUUCUCCUGGGGUCUGCUCACGGAGCAGGCCGUCGCAGAGGCGGCGGACGUCCUGAAGGUCUUGGACGUCGUGGGCAUCCUCGACCCACUGGCUGGUAGUGGGUGGCAUGCACUUCUCUGGCAGGAGGUGGGGGGCCUCUCUGUCCUGGCCAUGGACUCCUAUGCCGUUCGGCCAGUGGCUUGGGCCCCUGUCGCUGUCGUCGAGGAUUCCAGGACAGCUAUAAGGCGUCUGCAGCCACCUGACAUUUCCAGGUGGGCGCUCUUCUUGAGCUGGCCGCCGCACAGUCCGGAUACCGUUGGUUCAGACCUACUCGAGAAGUUUGAGGGCACCUACUUCCUCUACUUGGGCGAGGAGGAGGAUCCCAACGCUGGGGACGCAGGGUUGACCGGAGGCCAUCAGCUCCUCUCUCGCAUCGAAAAGGCUUGCUGGGGAGGCUUCACCUAUGACGACUGCUGUGGGGACAAGUUCGGACCAGCUGGAAAUCUCGAAUGCUGGAAUGCUACUUUCAUUCCGGAGAGAUGUUGUGUGAGGCAGCGAAUCGAGCAAGUCAGAACGACUUGCCAAUGCUGCAACCUCAGCAAAACGCGGCCAGUCCUCGGAUCCGUCAGCGAAGUGGUUGAGAAGCACGGCUACCCUGUGUUCUUCGAUGCUAUGACGACCAAGGCCGCUUGGUUCAGGUCCGGCUAUCGCGGCUGGGAGCCGCUUACCUUCCGAAUCUUUCAGCGUUUUGCGACGGGCCAAAUUGUUCUGGAUGUUGGUGCUUGGGUUGGUGCUACGGCAAUCUGGGAAGCCAACGUUGCCGAGCACGUCUUCGCCGUCGAGCCCACCCCCGUUUCAGGGUGUCAGCUGUUGGCAAACCUGAACGUCAAUCCCCCCCGCGUGUCCCGCCGAGUCACACUCAUCCGGGGAGCACUGCACAACGAAACCGGAAGCGUCGUGAUCUUGAAUCGCAAAGAGGACUCCAACAAUCGCAUAUACGCAGGUCCGGCACGCCCGCUCAUGACAAGUGUUCCGUCAUUCACAAUUGAGGCGUUGCUCUUGAAAUACCCACGGCUUCGGCGAGUUUCUUUCAUCAAAAUUGAUACUGAAGGACACGAGCGUGUGCUCAUACCUGCCAUGCGCUCCUUCCUCAAGAAGCAAAAACCCGUCGUGUUGGUGUCCUUGCACCCUAUUUACAUCGGGGACCGCUUAGUUCGCAGGGUGGUCAAUGCUCUGAAGGAGAUCUUUCCAUACCUGUACGACUCGGACAUGAAGACACCAUUCAACAUCCGGCGUUUCACUUUCUUCGGCAGUCCCGAAGACCAUUAUGGCACGGAGUUGUUGGGUACCUGGCACCCUCUAUGA